AUCACAAGUUUCCUUCUUUACCCCGCCUUGCCUUGCCUUGACCCGACCCGACCCGCCUGUCAAAACCCUAAAAAAUCCUCCGAGUCCAAUUCGUCUCCACCGCUCGGGCUUCUCUCCGUCGUCUGCUCCUCGCGAUUCAAUAUCCACGCCGAUUUUAUUUUCCCCCAAUUUACCAAGGAGGUGCAAUGGCGUCGGGAUGGGGAAUUACAGGGAAUAAGGGGAGGUGCUACGAUUUCUGGAUGGAUUUUAGCGACUGUAUGUCUCGAUGUCGGGAGCCUAAGGACUGCGCCCUUCUCCGUGAAGAUUACUUUGAGUGCCUUCACCACUCCAAAGAGUUCCAACGAAGGAACCGGAUCUACAAGGAGGAGCAGCGCCAAGCAAGAGCAGCUGCUGAGAAGCCCAAUUCUGGCGAGAAAGGCAGUGAUCAUCACUGAGACUCGUAUAUUAAGUUAUGAUCUGAUGAAAGGGGUGUCCGUAUGAAUUGAUUUUCUUCUAAUUGAUCAAAAAUAAAUGAGAGACGAUGUAUUUGUGCAUUGUUGGAAUUUUAAUACAUCCACAUAAGCUGUAGCUACGUUACAGGGCUCCGGUGUGAAAUUUUUCGAUACAUUUGAAUCACAUGCCCUUUCCA